AUGGAGCCCCCAGCCAAGCGAGCACGUCUUGAUGAGCCGCCCUAUUAUGAGCACCGCCAUGUUGAUGACGUUGUCAUCGAUCCUCAACUUAGUCAUGGAGUCCACGAGAAGGAGGGAGUGAAUGGUCCCAGCUUGACACACGAGGAGGGGGGGGAGGGGGACUUUGCGGGCAAAUCCGAAAUCGACCUCGAAGCCGAAUACAUUCUCGAACAGCAGCGUGCAAAGGCCGGGAGCCGCUUCCAACAGGCCAUGGCCAGCAUCUUCGACAAAUACAGUCGCGAUUUUGCCGACGUUGGGGACGAAAUCGACCUUGCGACCGGCCAGGUUAUCGUCGACAACGGUCAUCUAGCCAACAUGCGCUAUGAAGGCGAUCUCGGGAUUGAUGAUGGGACGACAACCGACGGACACGACGAUGGCGAUGAUAACGAUGACGAGGGCACCCUGCUGGAGGACUGGGUUGAUGACGACGAGGAUGAGGGUGUGCGUCUAGAGGACCUGCCAGACGACUGGGACGGUCCAAGCGGCGCAGUGCUCGGUGGCGCUAUCCCUCCCAGUAGCCCAGAGCCCCCGGCAGCCUCGAACCCCCAUGGCGGCCCCAACCAGCUACCCUUCUCUCCUGCCGAUAAUGUCUCCAUGGGGCUCGAUCCAGAUUCGUCCAGUUUCGACGCACCGCCGCUCAACUUGCGCCCGUGGGGAUUUCUUGGGCACGUGGAUGGCGCAGAGUGGGAAUCCUUGCCUAAGCCUAAGCAGAAGACGAGGCCACAGCCGCAGCCGCAGCCGCGGCUGAACAUGGAAUUGAAGACAAAGCCGAAGCCGAAGCCCAGAAUCGCAUCUGGAACGACAGUUUACCGAGGCGGUAAAUCGAUAUGGGACCCGGAUCCUGGCACUUCCUCCAGUCUCCGGACCGCCGACCAUCCCUCAGGAAAAUCCACGCCAAGAAGUGCCCCGGAAAGGAGAAUCAACUACGGAGACCGAACCUGUGCUCACGGACACGCCAAAGCCUCGGCCUUCAGGUAG